GCGGCCCCGCCCUUUCCGCGCUGCUGCCCGGCGUAGGCGCGGUGCGGAGCCGCAGCUGCUUGCCCGCCUUCACCCAUGGCCGACAUGGAGCUCUUCGGUGACCAGACCGGGAACGGGAUGCCCGACGGUGGCGAGGAGGAUCCCGCCGCCGCUUUCCUGGCGCAGCAGGAGAACGAGAUCGCGGGCAUCGAGAACGACGAGGGCUACGGCAUCCUGGAGAACGGCGAGGUGCCCGAGGCGUUGGAGGGUCCCGAGGGCCUCGGCGCGGAUGCCGUUGGUGGAGUGGUUAACGGGGAUGUCUAUCAGGAGAGUAAUGGUCCCACAGACUGCUAUGCUGCCAUCUCCCAAGUAGAUCGACUGCAGUCAGAACCAGAAAGUAUUCGUAAGUGGAGAGAGGAGCAAAAGGAGCGUCUGGAGCAACUUGAUGCAAACUCACGAAAGCAGGAAGCAGAAUGGAAAGAGAAAGCAAUAAAAGAGUUGGAAGAGUGGUAUGCAAGGCAAGAUGAAAAGCUUGAGAAAACAAAAGCCAGUAACAGGGUGGCAGAUGAAGCUUUCUACAAACAACCCUUCGCUGACGUGAUUGGUUAUGUCACAAACAUAAAUCAUCCUUGCUACAGCCUAGAACAGGCAGCUGAAGAAGCCUUUGUGAAUGAUGCAGAAGAUUUUCCUGGCACUGAGUGGGAACGUGUGGCUCAGCUCUGUGACUUUAAUCCCAAGUCUAGUAAGCAGGCAAAAGAUGUGUCCCGCAUGCGUUCAGUCCUCAUCUCACUCAAGCAGGCUCCACUGGUUCGCUGAAGCAAAGCUCGAUGGAGACACUACAAAGGCAAUAUCUUAACCUUACCCAGAGAAGCUAUGUUUGCAGUAAUUUGAUUAAUUGUUUCAAUGUGUAUUUUUGGACCACAUCAUGAUGUAUCUAGAGCUGAUCAUCGUUUGAUUGCAUGUUCUUCCUGAUGUUUCCUUUCUGUGUCUGAAAUGGGAGAACCUCCAAAACUGUAGUCUCUGUGCUGUUGUGCACUGAGGUGUCACUUCCUACAUUACUGAUAUUAAAGAUCUCUUGAACAGCAAAA